GUCACGGCCCCAGACAUGGGCUUUGCCAGGCUUGCAUAUACGAAGCUUUCCAACCUGCUGCUAGUGCUGUUGAGUGUGGUAUCCUGCUCUGCUGCUGCUGAUGGGGAUGAGCCCAGCCUGGGCAAGAGGUCCUUGCCUCACUAUGAACAUGAUUCCAGUGGUGGUGUUGACUCUUCUCAAGACACAAGGCUACAUGUUUUCACACUGGACUAUGACUAUGUGCAAAUUCCCUGUGAAGUUACCCUUUGGAUACUCCUUGCCUCCUUUGCAAAAAUAGGUUUCCAUAUCUUUCACCGAUUACCAAGACUUAUGCCGGAAAGCUGCAUCCUGAUUGCCAUUGGAGCACUAGUAGGAGCAAUCAUCUUUGCUUCCCAUCACAAAUCUCCACCAGUGAUGAACAGUAGUAUUUACUUCUUGUAUCUCCUUCCACCCAUUAUUCUGGAGGAGGGUUAUUUCAUGCCAACUCGACCAUUUUUUGAAAACUUUGGAUCCAUUCUGUGGUGGUCUGUUCUGGGAGCUCUGCUGAACUCAUUUGGGAUUGGCCUCUCCCUCUAUGGAGUCUGCCAGAUUGAAGCCUUCGGCCUGACUGACCUGAACCUCCUGCAGAACUUGCUCUUUGGCAGCAUGAUUUCAGCAGUGGACCCCGUGGCAGCUCUGGUAGUUUUUGAAGAAGCCUCUGUUAAUGAGCAGCUUUACAUGAUGAUCUUUGGAGAGUCAUUGCUGAAUGAUGGCAUAACCGUGGUUUUAUAUAACAUCUUCAUCGCCUUCACCCAGAUGCACAGGUAUGAAGAAAUUGAAUCCAUCGAUAUCUUUGCUGGCUUUGCUCGCUUCUUCGUGGUGGGGCUGGGAGGAGUCUUGUUUGGUGUUGUAUUUGGAUUUGUCUCAGCGUUCAUGACUCGUUUCACCCACAACGUCUCUUCAAUCGAACCCCUGCUGGUCUUCAUGUUCAGCUACCUCUCAUACUUGUCUGCUGAAACCCUUUACAUCUCUGGCAUUUUGGCGAUGACAGCUUGUGCAGUGACAAUGAAAAAAUACGUGGAGGAGAAUGUUUCCCAGAAUUCUUAUACCACAAUAAAAUAUUUCAUGAAGAUGUUAAGCAGCAUCAGUGAGACCCUGAUUUUUGUGUUCAUGGGAGUGUCUACAGUGGGGAAAAACCAUGAAUGGAACUGGGCCUUCAUUUGCUUCACUCUGCUCUUCUGCCUCAUUUGGCGAACACUGAGUGUAUUUGCUCUCUUCUACAUCAGUAACAAGUUCCGAACAUAUCCUUUCACCUUCAAAGACCAGCUCAUUAUUUCUUAUAGUGGCCUCCGAGGUGCCAGCAGCUUUUCUCUUGCAUUCUUGCUUCCAGUGAAUCUUUUCCCCAGAAAAAAUCUAUUCAUCACUGCGACUCUUGUGGUUAUAUAUUUCACUGUCUUCAUCCAAGGAAUCACAAUUGGACCAUUGGUCAGAUAUCUGGAUGUUAAAAAGACGAACAAAAAGGAAUCUAUCAAUGAAGAAAUUCACGUGCGAUUGAUGGAUCACUUGAAGGCUGGUAUUGAAGACAUAUGUGGACAUUGGAGUCAUUAUCAGCUGAGAGAUAAAUUUAAGAAGUUUGACAAUAAGUAUUUGAAGAAGAUUCUAAUUCGGGAGCACCAGCCCAAGUCCAGCCUUGUGUCAUUGUACAAAAAGAUGGAGAUAAAACUGGCCAUUGAGAUGGCUGAGAGUGGCAUGAAAAUUUCAAAAUCAUCUAGUACUUCUUUACAGAGCGGCAGGACCCAGCGUGCGGGCAGGCUGUCCCGGGCAGAGGUGGAGUCCAUGAGAGAUGUCCUGGCACACAACCUGUACCAAGUGCGACAGAGGGCCCCAGCAUACAACCGGCACAAUCUUCCUACUAGCACAAGUGAGAAACAAGCCCAAGAAAUCCUCAUCCGUCGGGAACACAGCCUGAGGCAAAGUUGCAGGAAGGGAAACAGCUUGCCGUGGGGUAGACCGGUUAAUGCCACGGAAGUACGCUACUUCUCCUUGCCUCAGGGUCCAUGCCAGCCCACUAGAAGAAAAGCCAGGCAUGUUACUUUCACAGAUCAGCAUAGAAAUGGCUCUGGUGCUGCAUUCCCAUUAACAUCGAGACCCCAGCCCCGACUACGGCCACUCGAAGCAAAGCGCCACCAAGAACUGAUUCCAAUGGCACGCUUGGAGAGACGAGCAGGCCCAUCCAAUCUGUCAGGUCCAAGAGGAAAUUCAAUCAGCCGUCAUCGUUUCACCAGAGUAGACAAUCUAGCUCCAAUGCCAAAGGCUCGGUUCACUGUCAGAGAAGUAGAGGAGUAUGAGUCAGAAGAAGAGACAGAAGCAAUGGCACCAGCCAGGCCAUUAGUUAUAUGAGGAGCAGAGAAGAUCAGUGUUUGCAUCUCUAGGCGCCCUGGUGCGCUGCUUCGAAAGAAACAACAGAGCUUUCAUGUGAACCAAACUGCGAUUUUCCUCUGGGGACCAGUGUACUUGUAUCACUUUCAAGGGUUGUGUUAAUGUACUUAGUGGAUCAGAGAAGACUCAAAUUCUUAUGUGCUUAUAUCAAGCUUUCUUUCCAACAAAGCACUGCAGGAAAGAGGAGAACAUAUUUGUAGGGGUUUGGGUGUGGAUUUAAACAGCAGUUGUUGGGCGCAUGCAAUGCUAUGGGUGGAAGCUGAUGCUGCCCUUGUUUCAUAUUGUGGUCUUCAUCCAGAGGAUAGAAAUGUAUAAAGGUAUCCCUGACGUGUGAAUGCACAGAUUGAUUACCUCCACUUGUGUAGAGCUUUUGAUUUCAGAGCAGCUGCAUUCUAGGAAAGAGUUAAAAACAAAAUGGCAUUUCUUUUAGCAUAUGUAAGUGUCACUGAAGAUGCCUAAGCAAGGCCUUAAGUCAAAAGGACAUUUUCAGCACUUGGGAACCUCUUGGUAGAUCAGGUUUUGGCUCUGCAGAAAUGCAUAAAGUCAUCUACUAUGAUGAUACAUGACUCCAGCUACUUAAAUCCAUUUCAAUGUGUAGGCUCCUAUCACUCUCCUACAGUUGUUUUGGAUGAAUAAAGGAUGCAUCCAUGUAUGUACAAAUCCAGAGGAGUUUUCAGGCAGGAGUGCUGUCAGGAUUUUAUUUUUUAGCAUGGAAUGGCAGGAACAUAAACAAUAUUUUUGUGAUUCAGCAAGGGGGAGGCUUCCUUGUAAAAUAUCUGACUUCUCCCUUCCCCACUCCCACCUUGUGUGCCCAAAUGCAUGCACCAUUUUUCACACUACAACUGGAUCAGCAAUGCAGUUAGGAUGCAAGAAACUGGGAUAAAAGUAGAGAGAGCCUAACCGUGUAACCACCUGGCUAGCAGGAAAGAGAGACCCUGUGUUUGUCUCCCAGCUUUUAGUAGUGUGUCUUCCUAUAUGUUGUACAGAGCAGCCUUUCCUUAAAAAAAAGGCAGAAAUAACCAGAGGGAUAUGCACUACAGCACUUGACCUCCCAACCUUUCUGUGGAGCUCCUUUCCAAAUGGCUCUGUGUGCUCAUGCUCCUCUCUCAAUGGUGGAUCUCCCUAGCAGCAGGAGAAGCAGCAGGUAUGGUCUUUAGUAAUUUUAGCUAAGUCCCAGGCACCUACUUUCUCUGAAUAAGUUUCUUUCUGCGGAAUAGAGGCAGGACUGCCACUGUUUUCUGUGUCUUGGCGCUGUAGUUGAGCUGAUUUUAUCCAAUUGAGUCCAAAAUCCAUAAACCCACCCUUACAGCUGCAGUAAAAUCAAACCUAUGGUUAAGAAAUGCACCAAGUUCAGUCAUGUUUUGUCAAUUUUCCUUUCCUGUCUCCUCCACUCAGACCUUGCUUAGCUGCCCAACUCAAGGUCUAUAAAUGCUAUCUCAAUCAGACAGAGAUUUAAGAGUUAGAGAGAGCAGUGCUACCUGCAUGUUUCUCUUUUUUAUAUUGCUGAUAUAGCUUGUAAGUCCUGGUCCAUAAAACAAUUUAUUUCUGUAAGUUAUGAUUUCCCAUUUCUGACAAAGGGUUUCUGAUUCAGGUAGAAUCUAAACUAAGAAACUUUAAAAGCACUGCCAGAGGAAGCAAACCCUACAAGCCCUUUCCCCCAUUUUCUUAUGUUUGCAGCUUUUAUGCUUUUUAGCAGGUUAUAUUGAAUCAUAUGUACAGAAAUUGUCCAAAGCUUUAUAAAACUUGAGUUCUGUUUGUAUUUCCUGAUAGUGCCAGAGAAAUUAUCUGACUUCCUUUUAUGAAAACAGUGGUGCAUUAUUAAAACAGGGUAGGA